AUGAGUUCAGAAUAUCCCAUAAUUACAUGGAAGGAAUUGAUCAAGCACUUUAAACGGUCUUCCUUAUGGGUAGUGGUUGAAGGGAUGGUCUAUGAUGUCACUACAUAUUUGGAUAAGCACCCAGGAGGAGAGGAAAUUCUGAGGAAAUGUGGAGCCAAGGAUGCCACUGAGUAAUUCUUAGAAUAUAAUCAUUCCAAUUAUGCUCGAUCCAUCCUCGCUUCCAGGAUUGUUGGACAAUUAACAGACGAACCACCACCUCACAAUUACGCUCAGUUACUUAAACAGAGGAAAUAGAGAGUUAAAAACCCAUACUAAGCAGUUACUUGGGAGGAAUUAGCACUCCAUAACACAUCCGAUGAUGCUUGGAUAGUGAUUGAUGAUGACGUGUAUGAUGUUACUGACUUCUUGGCUUAGCAUCCUGGAGGAAUGAAGUUGCUAUUGGAUAAAGCAGGAGAUGAUGCAUCCACUCACUUUCACAGAAUCAACCAUUCUUAAUAAGCCCAUUAGAUAAUGAGUGAGUUGUAGGUUGGUGUGAUCAUUGGAAUCAAACCUAAGAAAAAGUAGAAACAAGCACCAACUAAUUAUGUCUUAAUAAUGUUUAUCAUAGUUGUAUUGUUUAUAUUUAUUUAUUUAUUUUUAUUCUGA